GCCGGGCAAGAGGAAGACCUCCAGAAGCUCCCCGCGCUGCGCGGCUGUGUUUGCGGCCUGUGCGAGUAGGCGCUUCGGAACCAGUCUCCCGGGCGAGCGGCGCGCAGAAACCUCGAACCGGUGGAGCCCACUCGUAACCUGGAUCACAGAAGACCGCGAAAACAGUACUGUUUCCUCAGCGGCGGGUGUUAAAAUCAACUGCCCUCCUAAGAAAUUGCUGAGAUAGAGUAUUAUAAUGAUAAUACAAGAGCUUCUGAGUCUAUCCUGAACUUAGAUCGUGUACAUUUUGGCAACUUAUUUUAGAAAAGAUCUAAGUUUUAAAAAUUCUCAAUGGACAGACAGAGAAAAGAGGGUCUUUGCCAACUCCUUUGGACCGCUGCAGUAAGAAUGUCUUUCCCCCCUCAUUUGAAUCGCCCUCCCAUGGGAAUCCCAGCACUCCCACCAGGGAUCCCACCCCCACAGUUUCCUGGCUUUCCUCCACCUGUACCUCCAGGAACUCCAAUGAUUCCUGUACCAAUGAGCAUUAUGGCUCCUGCUCCAACUGUCUUAGUUCCUACUGUGUCCAUGGUUGGAAAGCAUUUGGGAGCAAGAAAGGAUCAUCCUGGCUUAAAGGUUAAAGAAAAUGAUGAAAAUUGUGGUCCCACUACUACGGUUUUUGUCGGCAAUAUUUCUGAGAAAGCCUCAGACAUGCUUAUAAGACAGCUCCUAGCGAAAUGUGGUUUGGUUUUGAGCUGGAAGAGAGUACAAGGUGCUUCUGGAAAACUUCAAGCCUUCGGAUUCUGUGAGUAUAAGGAGCCUGAAUCUACCCUCCGUGCACUCAGAUUGUUGCAUGAUCUGCAGAUUGGAGAGAAAAAGCUACUUGUUAAAGUUGAUGCAAAGACAAAGGCACAGCUGGAUGAAUGGAAAGCAAAGAAGAAAGCUUCUAAUGGGAAUGCCAGGCCAGAAACUGUCACUAACGAUGAUGAAGAAGCCUUAGAUGAAGAAACAAAGAGAAGAGAUCAGAUGAUUAAAGGGGCCAUUGAAGUUUUAAUACGAGAAUACUCCAGCGAGCUAAAUGCCCCCUCACAGGAAUCUGACUCUCAUCCCAGGAAGAAGAAGAAGGAAAAGAAGGAGGACAUUUUCCGCAGAUUUCCAGUGGCCCCACUGAUCCCUUAUCCACUCAUCACUAAGGAGGAUAUAAAUGCUAUAGAAAUGGAAGAAGACAAAAGAGACCUGAUAUCCCGAGAGAUCAGCAAAUUCAGAGACACACACAAGAAACUGGAAGAAGAGAAAGGCAAAAAAGAAAAAGAAAGACAGGAAAUUGAGAAAGAACGGAGAGAAAGAGAGAGGGAGCGUGAAAGGGAACGAGAAAGGCGAGAACGGGAACGAGAAAGGGAAAGAGAACGUGAACGAGAAAAGGAGAAGGAACGGGAGCGGGAACGAGAACGGGAUAGGGACCGUGACCGGACAAAAGAGAGAGAUCGAGAUCGGGAUCGAGAGAGAGAUCGUGACCGGGAUAGAGAAAGGAGCUCAGACCGUAAUAAAGAUCGGAGUCGAUCAAGAGAGAAGAGCAGAGAUCGUGAAAGGGAACGGGAGCGGGAGAGAGAGCGAGAACGAGAACGAGAGCGAGAAAGAGAACGGGAGCGAGAGAGAGAACGAGAGAGGGAACGGGAACGAGAAAGGGAAAAAGACAAGAAACGGGACCGAGAAGAGGAUGAAGAAGAUGCAUAUGAACGAAGGAAACUUGAAAGAAAACUCCGAGAAAAAGAAGCUGCUUAUCAAGAGCGUCUUAAGAAUUGGGAAAUCAGAGAACGGAAGAAAACUCGGGAAUAUGAGAAAGAAGCUGAAAGAGAAGAAGAAAGAAGAAGAGAGAUGGCCAAAGAAGCUAAAAGACUAAAAGAAUUCUUAGAAGACUAUGAUGAUGAUAGAGAUGAUCCCAAAUAUUACAGGGGUAGUGCUCUUCAGAAAAGGUUGCGUGAUAGAGAAAAGGAAAUGGAAGCAGAUGAACGAGACAGAAAGAGAGAGAAGGAAGAGCUUGAGGAAAUUAGGCAACGCCUUCUGGCAGAAGGGCAUCCAGAUCCAGAUGCAGAGCUCCAGAGGAUGGAACAAGAGGCUGAGAGACGCAGACAGCCACAAAUAAAGCAAGAGCCAGAAUCAGAAGAAGAGCAAGAAGAAAAGCAAGAAAAAGAAGAAAAACGAGAAGAACCUGUAGAAGAAGAAGAAGAGCCAGAACAAAAGCCUUGUCUUAAGCCUACCCUGAGGCCGAUCAGCUCUGCCCCAUCUGUUUCUUCUGCUAGUGGCAAUGCAACACCCAACACUCCUGGGGACGAGUCUCCCUGUGGUAUUAUUAUUCCUCAUGAAAACUCACCAGAUCAACAACAACCUGAGGAGCAUAGGCCAAAAAUAGGACUAAGUCUUAAACUGGGUGCUUCCAAUAGUCCUGGUCAGCCUAAUUCUGUGAAGAGAAAGAAACUACCAGUAGAUAGUGUCUUCAACAAAUUUGAGGAUGAAGACAGUGAUGAUGUACCCCGAAAAAGGAAACUGGUUCCCUUGGAUUAUGGUGAAGAUGAUAAAAAUGCUGCCAAAGGCACUGUGAACACUGAAGAAAAACGCAAGCACAUUAAGAGUCUCAUUGAGAAAAUCCCUACAGCCAAACCUGAGCUCUUUGCUUAUCCCCUUGAUUGGUCUAUUGUGGAUUCUAUACUGAUGGAACGACGAAUUAGACCAUGGAUUAAUAAGAAAAUCAUAGAAUAUAUAGGUGAAGAAGAAGCUACAUUAGUUGACUUUGUUUGUUCUAAGGUUAUGGCUCAUAGUUCUCCUCAGAGCAUUUUAGAUGAUGUUGCUAUGGUACUUGAUGAAGAAGCAGAAGUUUUUAUAGUGAAAAUGUGGAGAUUAUUGAUAUAUGAAACAGAAGCCAAGAAAAUUGGUCUUGUGAAGUAAAACUCUUUUUACAUUUAGAGUUCCUUUUCAGAUUUCUUCUUUCGCACCCUUUAAAGGACUUUGGAUUUUUCUUUGUCUUCAAAGACAUUUGUGAGAUCUGUAAUUUUUUUUAAUGUAGAAAAUGUGAAUUUUUUUGUCCUCCAAUUUGUUGAUGCUCUGUGUACUCCCUUGAUUGUAAAGUCAUCUGAAUCCUUGGUUCUCUUUAUACUCACCAGGUACAAAUUACUGGUAUGUUUUAUAAGCCGCAGCUACUGUACACAGCCUAUCUGAUAUAAUCUUGUUCUGCUGAUUUGUUCCUUGUAAAUAUUAAAAUGACUCCCCAAUUCUUUUGCAGAAUUGCACUUAAUAUUGAACUGUACUGUAUAAAAACCAACAUGAACAAUUUUAAUUGAUAGAAUACCGGUCAUAUCUACUACCACCUCACUUCCCUUUGAUUAGAAAUGGCAAGCCCUCAUAAAGUCGUGGAAUUUAAAAUUAGAAUGCAAAAAUUAGCAGACAAUCCAUUCCUAUUGUAUCUCUGUAUGAAUGUGUUUGUGUGAAUGUAUGUGUAAAAGUCUUUCUUUUCCCUUGUUUGCUUUGAUGUGGGGUCCCUCAGACAUUCCCUAAUUAAAGAAUAGAAUCGUAAAGGAAAAAUUGAUACUGUGCCAAUCCAAAUGUCUGGUAUGAUUAGGUUAUUGGUUUCCCAGAGCAUGGUAUUCUGUGGUGAGCAACAAUCUGCUAACAGGAUGGGGUUUCCCUGUUAAUAGCUGGUGUCUUCAGCUUCUCUUUUAAAGGAGUGUGGAUCAUAGUGAUUUUCCCUUCUAAUUUCAUUGCUCAGAAAUAAGGAACAUCCUAAAAUCCUAGAGAGCUUUAUUUAAUGCAUUUUUGCACUAAUUGGCAUAGUUUGAUUUUGUUGUACUCCUUUAUUGAAAAAUCUUAAUUGUAAAAGCGUAAGUGAAAAUCCUUUUAAAAGCAGAAAAAAGAUAACAUGAGGCAAGUUUAUAAACUAGAGGUUGACAAACAUAAAAGGAAUUCAGCUUGGCAAUUUACAAAGUUUACAUCUUAUUUCUAAGAAUAAAGUAAAUCAUUCAAGGUAGUUCCCAACCACUAAUCUUUUGUUUUAAUUUUUUUUCUAUAGAGGGCUUAUAUCGUGAGUGUGUGUAUACUACACACUUAGUUUUACAUCUGCUCAUCAAAGUGUAAAAAUAUACUGAUGGUGUGCUUAGAGACAUACCUUUCUUUAUUAUACAUCAAAACUUCACCAGGGAACAGAAUUACCUGAAAAUGUUAACAAGUUUUAAGCAGUUUUUAAAACAAAUUAGAUGCAACUGUUUCCAUGUCUGAGUAUUUAUUUAAAAGAAAGAUAAAGAUUGGCCUGUUAAAAAGCAUAACUGUGAGCUUGAGUUACUAGAUUUUUUUUUUAACACCUUGAGAGGACAUUUGAAAACACUGUUCUUAACAUCGAACCAUGACAUGGUUCCAUUAUGUAAAUAUUUCAAGUAUUAAAAAUGUAUAUAUUUGAUCUUGGGGACUCAUCUUCUUUCAGAGUCUUGUAAAUAAAUGGCAUCAUGUU